AUGUCUACGAAGGCGAACGACACCAUGUUGCUCGCCAGUCGCCAUGCGGCAUUGGAUGGGAUCGAAUCGCUAAUCCAUUUGAGCGACGAGUGUGUGACACCGCAUCACGAAAUGAACAGGCGCGCUCGCCAAUACGCUUUGACGUGCGAUUCGAACGUUUAUCAUAAUCCCCACACAAUGUACAGCACAAAUACUCAGCUUCUUACUACCAGUGAUUGGCAGCAAAAGCAACUACAGCAGCAUUACGCUGAAUGCCUAGAAGCCGAAGUAAACAAGUUCUGGAGUCAACAAGACCAGGCGUGUAGACUGCUAUGCGAUGUAGCACUGCAAAAGGACUUAGCCAUGCUGCGAGAGUUAGAAACCCAACAACGAAUGGUGCUUGAACGAGAUACCUUUGACAGUUACCAGAUGAUAAUGCUUAGAUUUUGGGAAAAAAAAUCGCUAAUUCAAGAAAUUAGCUGGCGUGAAAAAAUUCAUGUAGAGACGCUAAGGCUAACGAUAGCCGAUGAGCAACGCGAGCGUGAGGUGCUGAAAGCCCAUCAAGAGGGCUCCGCCGCCGCGGUUUCACUGAUGAACACCUUUAUCGAUACCCUCCACCGCAUGAUUCACGAGCAUAACGACCAGACGGCGACACGUGCCGCAGAUUCCUCUUCACCUGCGUUGAACGAGCCGCCACAGCGGCAGUCUCUGUCAGUGAUGGGAGGCGAAAAUAGUGCGAGUUGCACCCCUUCAACGUCUUCCCCAAGCCAGGCCCCGCUGCACAGCCAUAAAGAGGAUUACCCUUUCCUGAAAGAGCUACCGACGAUCAUACGGGAAGCGGUCGACUCCGCGCUAAGUGCACAGAGGCAAAAUUCGCAUUCGCCGGCUUCAGAGUCGACAACACCGAUCGCACAGAAGUCUGCCGUAGUCGAUAACUCUACUACACAAACUGGAUUUUCAUCCUUCCCCUCCACCUUGCAGCGCGAGCAAACCCUGCUGUUUGAUAAGAUGCAAAAUGCGUAUGAAAGACAUACCGAACUCUUACUGGAUUUAUUCGACGAUAAAAUGGAAUGGGUUGUGGACAAAAGUAUAAGUCAAUCGGGGAUGAUCUGGGAGGGCUUGCGGCGGAACCUUGAUGUGCAAACGGCGGUAAAAGAGGUCGAGAUAAAAUACUUACAAGAGGAGAUCCAACGACUACGAUCUCAGCCGCAGGUAUCUCCAUUGCCUCUCAAUUCUACUCUCGAAAGUGCUAUAUCACCAUCACCAGAAUACGGCUUGGCUGAUCACAGCCCAACCACCCUCGCGCUUCCGAGUGAACAAAUGAUCUCCCGAGUGAAUUUAUCGACGCUUCCGAGUGCCUCGAUCUUCCGCAAUUCGUACGAGGCGCCGUACAUCCCGUUUACGACGCGUCGGCCAAAAAGGCCGCCCAGUCUUUCCUUCGAGGAGCUUCUCGCGGAGGCGCUUCGCCUGGGCGUGCGGCCGGCUUCGGAGCCCCUCACCGCGCCCACGACUGCCGCUGUUCCCACCACCAUCAACAUCCCCGCACCCUCGCCCGUUGCAUCCCAGCAAAAGGAGAAGGAAAAGGCGCGCGCGCGAGAGAGAGAGAGGGAAAAGAAGGUUAGUCGCCAGCCCCAGGCGAUGGCUCCUUCCUCGAGGACGAGUCCACCUACCGCUCUAAUAGUGAAGCACUUUUCUGAGAGCCUCGAUGAGACCUCGGAAAACGUGGAGCCUUCCCCUGUGCGAGGAGAAUUGAACGUGAGCUCCUCCGUUGAGAUGCCCUCGAGGCAGCUAAGGCAAAAUCCAACGCGAAACUCAUCUCAGAAGAGUGGGCGCGCCGCUACGCGCGAGGACGCGAUGGCGACGGAGAACUCCUCCCGUCUGGGAACUACCGAGAGGGCUCCGUUAAAGGUAAAACAGCUUAUCAAACCGAUUCGUCAGGAGUUAAGCGCCUCUGAGAGCGAUGAUGGGGCUACGCUGACGCUGAGCAGUGCCCCUUCGCUUUCCUCGGUAAAGCGCAAAGGUGGGGGAAGACGCGCAUCGAGAGAGGAGCGCGAUGCGGCCCUCGAACAACGCGCAAGAGAGUUUGCGGAUUCCCUCAUUCAUCCCGAAAAAAUAGGGCAUUCGAGCGUCGUGGAGGCUCCUCCUGCGGUGUCGAACGAGAAGUCGAAACUUCACGCCUUAACGGAGAUGCUGGUUCGGAAAAGUCAGCAGCUCAAGAGCUCUUCGUCAGUAUUCAAAACCUCAUCGGAGCCGCAGCGGGUUUCGUUGACACGGGACCGCACCGCGAGUGAUUUAUCGAUUUCAUCGAGUGACAUCACCCUCACCUCGAUAUCCUCCGCGCGUGGAAAGCCGAAGCCAAGCGUGGAGGCUGAGCACGAAGAGCGAAUUUCCUCACGCAGCGCAGCGGCGCAGCCGGCUACGCGCAACACCACCUUAAAGCGUAGUACUGAGCAAAAUAAACCGCCUCCCAAGCCUGUGAUGAGGCAAAGCUCAUUCGACGAUGAUACCGAAUAA